UUUGUAGGCUUGAAGUAGGUAGCCUAGUUUGUUUUAUUCCAGCCUGGUACGGUGUUUUUAACGGUGUAGAUUUUCGAGAUCUUUUCAUCACUUAACAUUUAAUAAAGUGGAAUCUUACGCCAACAGGCUUGUAUUCAGUGUCUGGAUUUGCUAGAAUGGAAAACUUAGAGAGCUAGAAACUGGAAAGUUGCUUAGCUAGCUAGCCUGCCAUAGAGGGCAUUUGUGUUCGGAAAUAGCAAAAUGGAUUGUAGCGCGCUGGAGCUUGAUGCUGUCAAAUUUGCCAAAUCAGCGGUGUCUCACGAUCAGAAAGGAAAAUAUAAUGAAGCGAUUUUCUUCUACAAGGAAGCAGCCCAGGCCCUGAUCUAUGCUGACAUGGCAGGCUCCAAACUGGAGAACAUUCAAGGAAAAGUAAACGAGUACCUGGAACGUGUACAAACUCUUCUCAACGCUGUUCAGGCCCAAAGCAGUGACCCACUGAAGAGCAAGCACCAGCUGGACCUUGAGCGGGCAUACUUUUUGGUGACCCAGGCCUUUGAGGAGGAUGAGCAGGGCAACAGUGAUGAGGCCAUUGAGCUUUACACUGAGGCUGUGGAGUUGUGCAUACAAGCUUCCAAUGAGACCUUAGAUCAAGCACUGCAGGGCAAACUGAAGCAGCUGGCCCGCCAGGCACUAGACAGGGCAGAGGGGCUGAAAGACUCUCUUUCUAAACCCAUAGCUCUGGACAAGCCCACUGUCAAAGCCACUGCUCCUGUGAGGCAGUACCUGCCCCUGGGUCCAGACUUCUCCCUCCAAGACAGGCCCCAGCCAGUGCGGGCAGUGCAGUCCAGUGAGCCGCAGGGCCAACGUUACACGGUCGAGGAGAUAGAGGUGCUCAGGAAGACUUCCAAGAUCAAUAAGAUUGAAUAUGUACCAUUCAUGAAUGUUGACCUGAGGGAACGCUUUGCCUUCCCUGUUCCAUUUUCGGACAAGUUUGGGAAAUUGGCGCUGUCCCCUAAACAGACAGCUGUCUUCUCUCGCUGGGUCCGUCCAGAUGACAUCUGCAACAACCCCACCAUGAUUUUCACUGUGUCCAGCUUCAGCAUCAAACAGACGGUAGUGUCAGACUGCUCUUUUGUCGCCUCUUUGGCCAUCAGCGCAGCAUAUGAGAGACGCUUCAACAAGAAAUUAAUCACCAGUAUCAUUUACCCACAGAAUAGGAGGGGUGAGCCGGAGUAUAAUCCCUGUGGGAAAUACAUGGUGAAACUCCACGUUAAUGGGGUGCCUAGGAAGGUGAUCAUUGAUGAUUUCCUCCCAGUGGACCGGAAUGGUGAGCUGCUCUGCUCCUACUCAAGUAACCGAAAUGAGCUGUGGGUUUCCCUCAUAGAGAAGGCCUAUAUGAAAGUGAUGGGUGGAUAUGAUUUCCCUGGCUCCAACUCUAAUAUUGAUCUGCAUGCACUGACUGGUUGGAUCCCAGAACGCAUUGCCAUGCACUCGGACAAUCAGUCCUUCAGCAAAGAUGACACCUUCCGCAUGCUUUUCCAAAGGUUUCACAGAGGCGAUGUCCUCAUCACCGCGGCGACAGGUGUCAUGACUGAGGAGGAAGGGGAAAGGUGGGGCUUGGUGCCCACACAUGCCUAUGCUGUGCUGGACAUCAGGGAAUAUAAGGGUAAGCGCUUCCUGCAGCUGAAGAACCCUUGGAGCCAUCUUAGGUGGAAGGGCCGUUACAGUGAGCGCGACGAAAAGAACUGGAGCCCAGACCUACUGAAGUACCUCAAGUUUGACCCCAAAACUGCACAGAAGUUUGACAAUGGUGUGUUCUGGAUCAUCUGGGAGGACUUGUGCCAGUACUAUGAUGUCAUCUACCUGAGCUGGAAUCCUGGACUGUUUAAAGAAUCCUCCUGCAUACACAGUAGCUGGGAUGUGAAACAGGGCCCAGUAAAGGAUGCCUACAGCUUGGCCAAUAACCCUCAGUACAAGCUGGAGUUGCAGUGUCCACAAGGGGGUGCUGCAUUGUGGGUGCUGCUAACAAGACACAUCACAGACAAGGAUGACUUUGCUCAAAACCGGAAAUUUAUCACUUUAGUUGUUUACAAGACUGAUGGAAAGAAGGUUUAUUAUCCAGCUGAUCCUCCCCCGUAUAUUGAUGGUAUAAGGAUCAACAGUCCACACUACCUGACGAAGAUCAAGCUGACCAAUGCAGGAAUGCACACUUUCACACUGGUGGUAUCUCAGUAUGAAAAGCAAAAAACCAUCAAUUACACACUAAGGGUCUAUUCGGCGUGCAAGUUUAAUUUCUCCAAAAUUCCGACACCAUUUAUCCAUACCAAAAGGUUAAAUGGCCAGUGGAAGGGAAUCAGUGCUGGAGGGUGUGGGAACUAUAAGGACUCUUACAAGCACAACCCCAUUUACCAGUUUAACCUGGACAAAUCAGGACCUCUGCUGAUUGAGCUUCGGGGCUCCAGGCAGUACAGUGUUGGCUUCGAGAUUCUGACUGUCUCCACUGUAGGGGAUCCAGGCCCCUCAGGGUUGCAGAAGAAAGGCAGUGGAGAUUACAGGUGUGGGUUCUGCUACAUGGAGGUGGACCACAUCCCUGCAGGCAUCUAUAACAUCAUCCCCACCACCUUCCUGCCCAACCAGGAAGGGCCCUUCUUCCUGGACUUCAGCAGUGCCACCCCUCUCCGGGUGUCACAGCUCCAAUGAAGGCUGCCCCAGCAGGAGAGCGAGGAGAGAGAAGCGUUGCCUCAUGCCUUCGCAGUGGGAACUCACUUCCUCUCUGCUCUGGACAUGCCUACUCUCCCUCCGCCUCCGUCUCUAUGACUGCUUCCUGUUGCCAUAGUGGGUGGGCUGACCAGACUGUGGUUGCCGUUUGAUUGCUCUGGCAUGGUACAGUGCAUGGAGCAAGUGUGUACAUUCAGUAAGGAUCAAGCAUUGUUCCAAAGUCACACAGAACCACAGCAGUGGUGUUGGUGCAUGACUGUUUAUUCCUAGAAAGAUGUUCUUUACUCAGGAGACUGCAAUAAACAACUGGACUUUAACAGAGCUGUAUAUUACAAGAAGACAUGGAUGCCGCUGUACAAUGGUACAUAAAUUCCUGUGUAACUCUUCUAAGGACUUUACUUUUUGGUGAGUUAAGUAUAGAUGACUUUGAGAACUAUAUGCUGACAAUGUAAUUAUAGCACUCUCAUCUAGAAUGCAUAUUAUAGUGCUAUGAAGGCACUAGUUCACAGAUUACAUUUUUGUUUCUUGAAAUCUAGAGAUUUUUCUAUUUUUAUUAGGUGAUCCUUUUCCUUGUGUCUUGCAAGGUGAUGCCAAAGCCAAAUUAAUUUUGGUUUUGAAGUAAGGAGUUUAAAUACAUAGUACACCUCAGUUAAUUGCCUUUUUAUGUUUUUGUUUUUUUUCCACUCAGAUGUAUUUAUUUUCAGUGCAAUUAAAAGAAUGAGGAAGAAUCAUUAAAUUAGAUUUUUGGACAACCCAUAUAUGGAACUCUGUUUCUCAGAGCAGGUUAUAUAUGCUCCAAAACCACCAAACAAACUCCAGUUUUGGAAGAAUCACAUUAGAUUACAACAGCAGCCUGCAGCCUCCUCUUUAAAAUGUCCAUGUGAUCCAGAAGUCUUAAGUUAAAUACCCAUUUUUAUGAUUCUCUUGCCUUAAGUUCUGAACAACGACACUAUUUUAAUGAACUAGUUUGGUGACGGAACUACAGUAUUAUAAUUAUCUAUAAUAAAAACUAU